GACCUUUGGGAAAGAUGUUCGAAAGAGGGGAAAUUCUGGAUAACUUCGCGACUGUCAACUUUGUUUUUAAUUUGUCUCGUGUGAAAAUAAUUGAAUAAAGCAAUGGAAAUUGAAAAUACCAAUCCAAAUGUCUACCAAAAGGCUGGAGAACGAGAGUGGCAAUCCACAGAUGAGGAUGACAAUGUUGCUGAUCCCUUCGACACCCGGGAAAUCUUUGAUUUGGUCCGAGUGAUCAAUGAUCCUGAACACCCACUCACACUGGAAGAGCUUCACGUGGUGCAGGAAGAUCUCAUUGCCGUGGACAAUGAGAAGAAUGAGAUUAAAGUGAACUUCACCCCGACAAUUCCGCACUGCAGCAUGGCCACGCUGAUUGGGCUGUCCAUCCGGGUGAAGCUGCUGAGGGCUCUGCCGCCUCGCUUCAAGGUCACCGUGGAGAUCACCCCCGGAACCCACUCGUCGGAGCACGCGGUGAACAAACAGCUGGCGGACAAGGAGAGAGUCGCCGCGGCACUCGAGAACACCCACUUGAUAGAGGUCAUCAAUCAGUGCAUCGCCGUGUGA